AUGGACCAAUCACUAUACAGCAAAGGAGGAACAAAGCUGGAAAGUUGUGGUUUUGGCAAACAGAGGAUCCGGACUCGAGUUACAGAUACUGUAGAAAUUCCAUCCAAUCUGAGCCACUGCUCAGAAAUCAUAGCCAUUCACAUCGAGCGGAAUCAGCUCGUUGGAGAGCUUCCUGCUGAGCUUGGUUCUUUGCCAAAGCUCAUUGCUCUUAACCUCCGCAUCAACAAUCUCAGUGGAGGCAUCCCACCUUCGUUGGGGAACCUUUCCUCUCUCACGACUCUUCUUCUAACAUCUAACAAUUUUGAUGGUCAAAUUCCAAACCAGCUUGGAAGUCUUUCGGGUCUCUACCUUUUCAAUAUAGAGAAAAAUCAGCUUGGAAGCAGAGAAGGUGAUGACCUGAGCUUCCUCACUUCACUGACCAACUGCACCAAUUUAAAAGUCCUGUCUGUUUAUUUUAAUAAUCUCUCUGGUGAGUUGCCAGGCUCCAUUGGUAAUCUCUCGACACAGCUAGAGAUUCUGUUUCUACGAGACAACGAGAUAUUUGGAACUAUUCCCCAAGGAAUUGAGAAUCUUGUCAGCUUGUAUGCUCUGCAUCUGGGAGAGAAUUCCAUGAAGGGUACUCUUCCAGAUGCUAUUGGGAAGCUUAACAAGUUGCAAGCCUUGAAUCUCCGUUGA